UGCGUCGUCUGUGGGGCCAGCCGACCGUCCGGCUGCUGGCCGCUACGGCGCGGCUUCCUCCGAGCCGCCCACCAUGGCAUCGGAGGGGCCACGGGAUCCCGAAGGCGAGGGCAUCAAGUUAUCAGCAGAUGUCAAACCGUUUGUCCCCAGAUUUGCUGGGCUCAAUGUGGCAUGGUCAGAGUCCUCAGAAGCAUGUGUCUUCCCUAGCUGUGCAGCUACGUACUAUCCGUUUGUUCAGGGACCACCAGUGACUGAGCAGAAAAUAUAUACUGAAAAUAUGGCCUUUGGCACUUCAAGUUUUUCACCUCAGUAUUCAUCUUCUGAGAUGACUCUUCAUCCGUAUGCCUAUUCUCCUUAUACCCUUGAGUCUACACAAAAUGUUUGCUCAGUGCCUGGCUCCCAGUAUGAUUAUAACCAACUCAGUUGUUACCGAGGUUUUCAAACAGUAAAGCCCCAAGAUGAGCACAUGUGCCCUCUCCCACAAGAGACGAAAGCUCUGUUUAAGGAAAAAACCUAUAAUGAGAAAAGAACAUAUGAGGAGCAAAAGUUUGACAGUAAAAGGGCUGAUGGAGCUGUGUCAUCUGAGAUAAAAUCGGCUAAAGGUUCACAUCAUUUGUCCUUUCAUGCUGAAAAUAGUUUGAAAUCAGAUGGUUAUCAUAAACGAACAGAUAGGAAAUCCAGAAUCAUUGCAAAAAGUGGAUCUGCCUCCAAACCUAAUUUUGAAUUUACCAGAUUGGAUUUUCCUGAACUGCAGGGUCCAGAGAACAGUAAUAUGUCAGAGAUACGAAAGCAACUCAGGUGGGGCCCUAUGCGCUCCUUAUCAACUGACAGUUCUCUUCUAGAAGUUGUAAGACCAGCUGCACUGUUGUCAGAGGGUGAAAUAGUAGUGAAAAAUAAUAAUCCAAAUGUAUCUGUAACUGAUAGUGCUCCUGCCAAUUCUCCUUCAUGUGCAAGAGAGUUAUCUUGGACACCAAUGGGUUAUGUUGUUCGGCAGACGUUAUCUACAGAACUGUCACCAGCCCCUAAAAAUGUUACUUCUAUGAUAAACCUAAAGAUGGUUCCUUCAUCAGCAGAUCUUAAAAAUGUUAGUAUAUCAUCUUGUGAAGUUUUAUCUUCGGAUCCUUCCUACAACAAAGAGAAACAUAUUGUUCAUCCUACUAAAAAGACCAAAGAAUCACAAGGUGGCGACCUUGAACAAAAUGAAGCCUCAAGAAAGAAUAAGAAAAAGAAAGAAAAGUCUAAAUCAAAAUAUGAAAUCUUGACAGUUCAGGAGCCACCAAGGAUUGAAGAUGCCGAGGAGUUUCCCAGUCUGGCAGUUGCAUCUGAAAGAAGAGACAGAGUAGAGUCACCGAAAUUUCAAUCUAAACAGCAGCCGCAGGAUAAUUUUAAAAUGAGUGGAAAGAAGAGCCAGACUCCAGUACAGUUGGAUUUGGGGGGAAUGCUGACAGCACUGGAAAAGAAGCAGCACUCCCAGCAUGCAAAGCAGUUCUCCAAACCAGUGGUGUUUUCAGUUGGAGCGGUGCCAGUCCUUUCCAAAGAAGCCACAUCAGGGGAGAGGGGCCGCCGCUUCACUCAAGUGAAGACCCCGCACAACCCCUUGGACUCCAGUGCCCCCCUGACAAAGAAAGGGAAGCAGAGGGAGGUGCCCAAGGCCAAGAAGCCAACCUCUCUGAAGAAGAUUAUUUUGAAAGAACGGCAAGAGAGAAAGCAGCAACGUCUUCAAGAAAAUGCUGUUAGCCCUGCUUUUGCCAGUGACAGCGCACAAGAUGGAGAGAGUGGUGGCGAUAACCCAGCCCCCGAGCAGGCCCCUGAGCAGGCCUCAGGUCCAGGUGGGAUGGACGGAUCAGUCUUUUCCAGUCCUCUGGUUGAGGAUAGGUCAGAAGAGCUGGUGGGCACAGACCUCCAGAGAGACACGGAGGCCUGCCAGCUUCCUCCCGACCAUGCCAGCCUCCCCAAGAUCCACAGCCGGAGAUUCAGAGAUUACUGCAGCCAGAUGCUUAGCAAAGAAGUGGACACUUGUGUUACAGACUUACUCAAAGAACUGGUCCGUUUCCAAGACCGAAUGUACCAGAAAGAUCCAGUCAAGGCUAAGGCCAAACGCCGACUUGUGUUGGGGCUGAGGGAAGUUCUCAAACACUUGAAGCUCAAAAAGUUGAAAUGUGUCAUCAUUUCUCCCAACUGUGAGAAGAUACAGUCAAAAGGUGGGCUGGAUGACACUUUGCACACCAUUAUCGAUUACGCCUGUGAGCAGAACAUUCCCUUUGUGUUCGCUCUCAACCGCAAAGCUCUGGGGCGCAGUUUGAACAAGGCGGUUCCUGUCAGUGUAGUGGGGAUCUUCAGCUACGAUGGGGCCCAGGACCAGUUCCACAAGAUGGUUGAGCUGACAAUGGCGGCCCGGCAAGCAUAUAAGACCAUGCUGGAGAAUGUGCGACAGGAGCUGGCGGGAGAGCCUGAGCUGCAGGCCCCUCUUGGCCCACCCAUGCAGGGCCCCAGCUGCUCUGCAGAAGAUGGCCCUCUGACCGCCACUGGGAGAGAAGAGCCACACUACAUUGAAGUCUGGAGAAAACAUCUGGAAGCAUACAGUCAGUGUGCCCGGGAGCUUGAAGAAUCAUUGGAGGCUUCAACCUCUCAGAUGAUGAACUUGAAUUUAUAAGAAAGGACUUCUAUUUUGUGUGUCUUGUAUGUUUUGGGUGAGGAGGGGGAGGUUUGAAAAAGACUUCAGGGCUUUUUCUUCUUCUUAGUUCUUCAUUGACCUAAUGUAUUUUGUGUGACCAUUGAAUUUAAAAAGUAACUGGCAUGAAAGUCAUGUGAAGCAGUGUUUGUAGCCCUUCACAGCUGCUAAUCCCAUCGAAUGGUCACUAAGAUAUGCUGUUGGAAACCUUUUCUAAAGCUGGAUACAGCUUUGGCUUUCUGAGCACACUGUGGAUCUGGAAAAUACUGGAAAACGUGGUACUUAGAGUACUUUGGCUGCUAAGGAAACUUGCUCUUUGUUACAGAAUAGCUGAGCCAUCUGAGUGAGUUUGCAGGAAACAGGUGGUGUGCUCCUGCCUGCCUGGUGGGCCAUGGUAAUGUAAGUGGAGGGUAGUGCCCCCCCUUCCAGGGAACAGCACAGUCCUCCAGGCAGCCCCCAGACAGACGCCACAGCAAGGGUGUUGUGCUAACGGGCCCUUCCUCAGGGGACGUAGCCUUUAAGGAUUUGGGGAUUUCGUGUAAUGAGCCUCAGAAUGAAAACUGGUUUUCUAACCUGUGACUUUUUGACAUGAAGCCUUUAUUUUUCAAGGAAAUGAUAUAUAUUGAAACUCCUAUUUCAGUUUGAUAAUCUGUAAAUGUUUCAUUUUUUAAACGAACAUAUUCUGAAUGUGGUUUCUAUCUUAGAGGCCAAGAAGACAGAGUUUACUUUCAUAUUUUCCUGUA